CAUGCCAUCACAAUGCUACAGCAGCUCUCGACUGUGGCAGUUGGUAGAGCUUAUGAGCUCUUGGUAUUGGCAGUACUUCGCAGGUAUUCGUUCCAGUUGUACCACAGUGGUCGUCGGGGAGAUGGGGGUGUAGACUUCGUGGGUCACUGGGCCCUGACACCAGCUGCCAGACUGGAUAUUGUGGGCCAGUGUAAGUGGCGACAUCGCACACCACUGAACCCUGGGGAAGUGAGGGAACUCGAGAGUGUGGUGGCGAGAAUGACAGGUCCUCGAAAGACACCCUACUCUGUAGCAGGUCUUCUAGCCAGCUAUAGUGGGUUUUCCAGACAGGCGAUGCAGACAGGCAUGAACUCCGAAGUUCCUCUCAUCCUGACUCAAAUUAGACCACUCCCUCCCGAAGACAACUAUGACAUCAUCGGCUGUAAAAAUGACGUCAUUCCGACUGGACAUCAGAGUGUGGUAGAGGAAGAAUCGGGAUAUAUCAGAGAUUUUGUGCUGAACCACACUGCACAGACUCUCUGGCCCAACAUUAAAGUAACAUGGAGACAUAGUAGAGAGACAGGGAGAAAGAUUGAUAUCCUAGUACAAAAGACUUAAUAGAUGCAAAAUAUUUUAUAUAUAUUCAGUGUCUCUUCGUUCAAUUUCGUUAGCUUCACUCUCAUUUCUUUGUCAUAAGAGUUGUAUUAAUAAUGGUGGUCAAAGUGAAGUAAGUUGAAGAAAGAUGAACAUUCUAAAUAAAAUGAAGGAGAAA